UGUCCACCUACCUACGAUAAUAUCACCGUCGACUGUUAUUGAAAUUCUUUUGAGCGCAAAGCAUGCGGCAUGACAAUCCGUGUGUUGUUGAGGGACCACCCUCACCGCGCUGUCGCAUUAGCUACUGAUGACCAUAUCUUAACCUUUCGCCAUAGUGCCUCCACCGCUGGCGCCUCUUCGCUUUCCGUCAACUCCACGCAAGGUGCAACUCUACAACCACGAUGUAUGGUCGAAUUCGGUAGAACUGCUGAUACUGACACGACUGAUUUUCGCUCCUUGACUUCUCUUGCGGUCUUCGGAACUCUCGGCUUGAUAACCGUCAAUGGUGACAUCUUUCUUUGCGUUGUCAACGGAGCACAAAGAGCGGCUACCGUACGGAAUGGUGAAAACGUCUUGAAGAUUACCUCUGUUGAAUUUCACUGCAUAAACAAGUCCGAUUACGACUAUCUUGUACCAGAUCGUCUCAACAACUUCUCGACAGAUGACAUCGAGGAGGAUGGAUUCGACCACUAUCAUGCCAGGGAUACUACUCUGGAGCAUCCUUGUGCGGCUAUGAAGAAGCUGCUCAGCGGUGGCAGUUUCUAUUACAGUGCUGAUUUUGAUCUCACGAGGCGACUCCAAGACAGAUCUUCUUUAUCUGCAACAGUGGCAAUUGACAGUCUUGACGCUGGCUUUCUCUGGAACUCGUAUAUGAUUCAACCAUUGGUCAGCUUUCGUUCUAGACUCUCAGAGCAUGAGAGAAGAGAGUUGGACGCUUCUCGUAUCUUGACCUCUGCGAUACGUGGGUUUGCUAUGACCGUAACAGUUCCUCCCGCUUCUUCACCUAUCAGUCAAACCACCUCUGGCUUCCCUUCUACCUUAACGCUACUGUCUCGCCUUUCUUGUCGCAGGGCAGGUACACGAUUCAAUGCUCGAGGUAUUGAUGACGAUGGCAACGUCGCAAACUUUGUCGAGACAGAAGUCAUAUUCUCUACACCUGGUAAUACCAGUUUCUCUUACGUGCAAGUGCGAGGCAGCAUACCUCUAUUCUGGGAGCAAGCGGCGGGAUUCACACCUGGACAGCAAAAGAUCCAGCUUACACGAUCGGCAGAAGCAUCCCAGCCUGCAUUCGACAAGCACAUGUCUGACCUGGAGAUCAACUAUGGUAACAUACACGUAGUCAAUCUGCUCAGUAACGAGAAACCCGGUGAACUCGAGUUGAGCCGGAGAUAUCAAUAUCAUGUUCGCAACAGUCCUUUGAACCUACCUUCGGGUGAGCCUGGGGAAAAGGAAGCGGAAGAACAUGAGCUCAUCAAGGAAACUGAUUACGACUUCCACGCAGAGACUCGAGCACUCGGAUAUGAGGCCGCAAAGGGCAUCAAGCGAUAUGUGCAAGACUCGAUUGAGAACUUUGCCUACUUCCUAUCAGAAGAGGUAGAUGACCAACCGAAGAACGCCAACGGUCGCCCACAAUCACACAUUCGAAGGAAUAUGAGCAUAUUACAGCAAGAGGGCGUGUUCCGCACGAAUUGUCUCGACUGCUUGGAUAGAACAAACCUCAUCCAGACACUCAUCAGUCAAAUGGCCAUCCAAGAGUUCUUGAAUCAACGAGCCGAGAGGGGGGCGACCAACGACUUUUGGGUCCGUCAUGGCACUCUUUGGGCUGAUAAUGGUGAUGCACUAUCGCGUAUUUACGCAGGUACUGGAGCCUUGAAGUCGUCAUUCACCAGACACGGAAAAUCAUCUCUUGCAGGUGCGUUUGCAGACUUCCGAAAGAGCGCGACACGCUUGUACAUCAACAACUUCGAGGAUAAGGGAAGGCAGAAUGUGAUCGACAUGCUCUUAGGUCGUCUGAUAGAUCAAGUUCCCGUCCACUUAUUCGAUCCAAUCAACGACUGGGUUUCUGCAGAGCUCGCAAAGAAGACAAAUGAAUACUCGGCAUAUGAUAGCAUCAACAUCUAUGUUGGCACAUUCAACCUCAAUGGCAAGACUAGAGGUCUGUCUGAGGACCUCUCUCCAUGGCUUUGCCCUCCAGUCGAUAUGUCGCAAAGACAGCCCGAGAUUGUGGCUGUUGGCUUCCAAGAGAUUGUCGAUCUCAGUCCUCAACAGAUCAUGUCUACAGAUCCACACAGAAGACAGGCGUGGGAGGACGCAGUGAAAGCGACUCUGAACGACCAUGCUCAGACUCUGGGGUCGGAAGAGUAUGUCAUGUUGAGAGGUGGACAAUUAGUGGGUGCCUCCCUAUCCGUCUUUGUCAAGGCAAGUAUCCUACCACACAUCAAAAACGUUGAAGGUGCCUUGAAGAAGACAGGUAUGUCUGGCAUGGCAGGAAACAAAGGUGCCGUGGCCAUUCGUUUGGAAUAUGCAAACACUUCGAUCUGCUUGGUCACUGCACAUUUGGCUGCAGGCUUCGCCAAUUACGAGGAGCGCAACCAAGAUUACCGGACUAUCAGUCAUGGAUUACGAUUCCAGAGAAACAGAUCGAUCGAAGACCAUGAUACCAUCAUUUGGCUUGGCGACUUCAACUACCGCAUUGGUAUGUCGAAUGAAAAGACGAGGCAGCUGGUCAAGAUGGGCGAUCUCGAGAAGUUGUAUGAGAACGAUCAGCUCAAUCUUCAAAUGGUCCACGGCAAGACAUUCCCGUAUUACAACGAGGCGUUGAUCACCUUCCUACCAACGUAUAAAUACGAUGUCGGUACCGAUGACUACGAUACUAGCGACAAGGCUCGAAUUCCUGCAUGGUGCGAUCGUGUCCUGACCAAGGGCCACAAUCUCCGUCAGAUCCACUAUGACACUGCACCCUUGAAGUUCUCAGACCACAGACCUGUUUAUGCCACUUUCCAAUGUACCAUCACCGUUAUCGAUGAGAAGAAGAAACAACAAAUCAGUGAAGGGCUUUACAAGCAGAGACGUGCGGCCGUUGGUGGUCAUACUGCCAACACCAGAGCUGAAGACACUGAUGACGACGAUUUGCUCGGCUAUGAGUCAAUCGAGCCCGGUCUUCCUCCAGCCAGCUCCGAUAAGCGCAAAUGGUGGCUAGACGGCGGUAUACCAGCCCGCUCACAAGUCAAAGCACCAGGUGAUGGAUACGUCCGCAACACAGAAAGACCUCCCAAUCCAUUCAGCGCAACAUCAGAACCCGACUGGGUCAAGGUACCUCGACCAAACCUACCUCCACCACGCAACCUCUCCAUCCGUGAGCGAAAUUCCUCAGCCACAACAUCCACCGAGAAUCUGAACAGAAGAGCCACAACCACAAACCGAAAACUCCCUCCCGUCUGGCCAGCACAUCAGCAAUCUCCAGCACCCAGCACUCGCUCUUCACAUUCUCAAAGAAGUCUCCUGGACGAUUCAAUCGAUGAACCGCCACUCCCACCUCGUCCAUCGUCUCUCGAUCAGAAAAUCACCCGUAAACCCGCUCCACCACAAAUCCCCAAGAAACCAUCAAACCUACGCUCAGAAAGUCCCACAGCCACACGCGACGACUUUGCACCAAAACUCCCAAAGAGAGUAAACACAUUACCUCAAUCUCCUAGCAGUAGUGCAGGAGUGGGAAAAAGCACUUCUAUGCCUAUGCUUCCACCACCUAGGAGGACAGGGACUGGAGAGGUUAAUAACAAGGGGAUUGAGGGUUGGAGCCGACAAGCUGGACAAAGUGAUAAGAGGAUUGAGACCUGGUCUAGACAGUCUGGUCAGGCUGGUCAGAGUGACAAAGGGCCCGCGUUGCCUCCUAGGAGGGGUACUGGAGGGGCGCAGAGGAAUUUAUUGGACGAUGAGGAUGAGGGUGGUAUGUCUGGAUGGCAGCCAUUGAGGCCUAAUCGAGGAAGAGUGAGACUGGAGGUGAUAUGCUCAAACACUCUCCUACCUAGCUAGACAAGCUUAAUUGAAACACCUCCUGUAUUGUUGAGACCGUGCAUGAGAUGGUACUUGAAUGCUCUUAUGCGCAACCACGUAACUCAUGGCAGAUAUACUCGCAUGGUGGUGCUGAGCAGCAAUGGGAAGUGAACAUGCAUACCUGAUUAUCGCCUAGAUUGAGACAGGGCACAGAGAGGCGUAGUCGACAAGGAUCAUCACUGCAG